GUGUCAUGGCGUCCUCCUUCUGCAGGAUUCUGCUUUUCUCCAACAGAUUGUGAAGCAAUUUUCUUCUAACCCCCCAAAUAUUUAGCAACGUCAACUUCACAGCGCACGUUAGCACAAAGUAUGGGUACCGUUCAUGCCAGGAGCCUCGACCCUCUACCUAUGCAGGGGCCAGAGUUAGGCGUUCAUGCCGAUGAUAUCGAGACCCCUGAAGUUGAACAGGAUUCAAAGCAAGAAGUCCUUGAAAAUAAGGAUGUUAUAGUUCAACGUGUACACAUAGAUGGACUUGGAAGAACAAAGGAGGACCUCUUGACUUAUGAAAUUGCUGAAGUUUUCAGGGCAAAGAACUUAAUUGAUGUAAUGAAGAAGUCCCAUGAAGCCAGACAGAGACUGCUGCGUCUUGGUAUCUUCAGAAAAGUGGAAGUUGUCAUUGACGUCUCACAAGGUGUGGAUGCUCUUCCUAAUGGCCUGGAUGUGACGUUCGAGGUGAGGGAGCUGAGAAGGAUGACAGGUAGCUACAACACGAUGGUUGGCAACAACGAAGGAAGUAUGGUACUUGGACUGAAGCUUCCCAACGUAUUUGGUCGAGCAGAGAAACUGACCUUCCAGUUCUCCUAUGGCACCAAAGAGACCUCCUAUGGCCUGUCCUUCUUCAAACCCCAACCAGGACACUUCGAACGCAACAUCUCAGUCAACCUGUACAAAGUAACUGGGCAGUUUCCAUGGAGUUCGCUGAGGGAGACUGAUAGAGGCAUCUCCACAGAAUUUAGUUUUCCUGUGUGGAAGACCAACCAAACCCUGAAAUGGGAGGGUGUGUGGAGAGAGCUGGGCUGUCUGGCUCGCACAGCUUCUUUUGCCGUCAGAGAGGAGAGCGGCCACUCUCUCAAGUCUUCACUCUCGCAUGCCAUGGUCAUUGACACCAGAAACUCCUCCAUCCUCCCUAGGAAAGGUGGCCUACUGAAGAUUCAUCAGGAGUUGGCCGGCUACACUGGGGGAGACGCCAGCUUCCUGAAGGAGGACUUUGAGAUACAGUUGAACAGAACACUUUUCUGGGACUCGGUCCUCUCUGCCUCACUGUGGGGUGGAAUGCUUCUACCUAUUGGUGACAAGGCAACAUCCAUAGCCGACAGGUUCUACCUUGGUGGUCCCACCAGUAUCAGAGGAUUCAGUAUGUAUAGUAUUGGCCCGCAGAGUGAAGGUGACUAUCUGGGUGGGGAAGCCUACUGGGCCGGAGGCCUCCAUCUCUAUACCCCUCUACCCUUCAGACCAGGCAGGGGGGGAUUUGGCGACCUCUUCAGAACUCACUUUUUCCUCAAUGCGGGGAACCUGUGUAACCUCAACUAUGGUGAGGGUCCACAGGCACACUUGAAGAAACUGGCAGAGUGCAUCCGUUGGUCAUACGGUGUGGGUAUUUUGCUACGUCUGGGAAAUAUUGCCAGACUGGAGCUCAACUACUGCAUUCCUAUGGGAGUACAGAGUGGAGACAGGAUAUGUGAUGGGGUCCAGUUUGGAGCAGGUAUCCGGUUCCUAUGAAUGCUAUCCUGUUCCUUGGAUUUGGAGUCUGCUUCUGUUUUACAUAAAGGACAUUUUAUCUGAAGAGGGAGCUGCCUGUACAGAAACAGUAUUGCCAUGCAUAGGACAACUACAACCAAACUAAUGUGUAUGGGAAAGUAUAUUGUUGAUACACGUCUACAAACAAUGUAAGAAAGAAAAAAAACACACACACACA